ACAUCUGCAGGAAAUCCUUCCUGCUGAUUCUCUUGUUUUUGUUAGGUUAGGUAAUAAAUACUUCACCGUUUAAAACCUUCAGCAUCCAUCCUUACUUGCUCUCAACUCAGCUUUGAAUUUUGCCGCCUUCUCACUGACGAACUUGUUUCCUGUUUUCUCGACAGACGCCUACUUCCUCCUUCUGUUUCACUCAGAAGUCUCUUAGUAACUUUUUGUUUUCUGCUCCGGGCGAGGCACUGCACAGACCGCCGUGAGGUGACCGUGAAUGGCCAAUGAUGCUGAAAGCUUGGACUGAAGUUGCUUGGAGGAAGCUGCUUCCCUAGUUCUGUCAUUUGCAUCCUUUGGAAGCAGGUUGAUUUAUACGAAGGCUGAAAGUUCUGCAGGUGGUCGGGUUUCUGGGUUUGAAUGAACCCGCGCCAUUAGGGGUGACGAGGGUGUGAGGCGGCGAGACUCGCACCAGACACCUCCCCGGCAGCCAUGCCGCCGCCGGCAGACAUCGUGAAGGUGGCCAUCGAGUGGCCGGGGGCGUUCCCCAAGCUGAUGGAGAUAGACCAGAAAAAGCCACUUUCAGCCAUCAUUAAAGAAGUGUGCGAGGGGUGGUCCUUGGGGAACCACGAAGGCUUCGCUCUGCAGAUUGCAGAUGCAACAAACUUCUACAUCACAGAAAAGAAUCGCAACGACAUCAAGAACGGCUCCAUCCUGCGCUUGACCACCUCCCCCCACCUGACGGCCGUGCAGCUGCACGAUCGGAUCCAGUCGUCCAGCAUGGAUGCCAAGCUGGAGGCGCUGAAGGACCUGGCCAACGCGUCGCGAGACAUCACCUUCGCGCAGGAGUUCAUCAACCUGGACGGCAUCUCGCUGCUCACUCAGAUGGUGGAGAGCGGGACCGAGCGCUACCAGAAACUACAAAAGAUUAUGAAGCCAUGUUUUGGUGACCUGCUGUCCUUCACUCUCACGGCCUUUGUGGAGCUGAUGGAUCACGGGAUCGUCUCCUGGGACACCUUCUCUGUAGCCUUCAUCAAGAAGAUUGCCAGCUUUGUGAAUAAAUCAGCCAUGGACACAGCCGUGCUGCAGCGCUCCCUCGCCAUCCUGGAGUCCAUGGUCCUCAACAGUCAGGAUCUUUACCACAAGGUGGCUCAAGAGAUCACCAUCGGACAGCUCAUCCCACAUCUUCAGGGGACGGAUCAAGACAUCCAGACCUACACCAUCGCCGUCAUCAACGCGCUGUUCCUGAAAGCUCCCGAGGAGAAGAGACAGUUUGAUGAGCACAUUGUGGACAUCCUAAAUUGUCCCCUGACAGAGAUGGCCCACAUCCUCGCCCAGAAGCAGCUGCGCUCCAUCAUCCUUACUAAUGUAAUCCGGAGCCCCACGCCCAUAAACGAUGAGAUGGCGCAUCAGCUCUACGUCCUGCAGGUGCUCAAUUUCAACUUGCUGGAGGACCGCAUGAUGACCAAGAUGGACCCUCAGGACCAGGCUCAGAGGGACAUCAUCUUUGAGCUCCGGAGAAUCGCCUUCGACGUGGAGUGUGAGCCCAACAACAGCGGCAGCACCGAGAAACGCAAGUCCAUGUACACCCGCGACUACAAGAAGCUCGGCUUCAUCAAUCACGUGAAUCCAGCCAUGGAUUUCACCCAGAUUCCUCCAGGAAUGUUGGCUCUGGAUAACAUGCUGUACUUUGCCAAACACCACCAAGAUGCUUACAUCCGGAUCGUUCUGGAGAACAGCAGCAGAGAGGACAAGCACGAGUGUCCGUUCGGCCGCAGCAGCAUUGAGCUGACCAAGAUGCUCUGUGAGAUUCUGAAAGUGGGCGAGCUGCCCAGCGAGAACUGCCACGACUUCCAUCCCAUGUUCUUCACCCACGAUCGCUCCUUUGCGGAGUUUUUCUGCAUCUGCAUCCAGCUGCUCAACAAGACCUGGAAGGAGAUGAGAGCCACGAGUGAAGACUUCAACAAGGUAAUGCAGGUGGUGAGGGAGCAGAUCAUGCGAGCGCUCACUCUCAAGCCUAAUUCUCUGGACCAGUUCAAGAGUCGCCUGCAGAACCUGGGCUACGCAGAGAUCCUGAAGAUUCGCCAGUCCGAGAGGAUGAACCAGGAAGACUUCCAGUCCCGCCCCAUUCUGGAGCUGAGGGAAAAGAUCCAGCCGGAGAUCAUGGAGCUGAUCAAACAGCAGCGGCUCAACAGGCUGUGUGAAGGGACCUGCUUUAGGAAAAUCAGCAACCGCAGGAGACAAGAUAAGUUUUGGUAUUGCCGUCUGUCCCCAAAUCAUAAAGUCCUGCACUACGGGGACCUGGAGGAGAGUCCCCAGGGCGAGGUCCCCCACGACUCUUUACAAGACAAACUGCCUGUGGCUGAUAUCAAAGCUGUUAUCACUGGCAAAGACUGCCCUCACAUGAAGGAGAAGGGAGCCCUGAAGCAAAACAAGGAGGUGUUAGAGCUGGCCUUCUCUGUCCUCUACGAGUCGGACGAAUACCUAAACUUUAUUGCUCCUGACAAACACGAGUACUGUGUGUGGACCGACGGGCUGAAUGCCCUCCUGGGGAAGGAGAUGACCAGCGAUUACACCAAAUCCGACAUGGACACCCUGCUCUCCAUGGAGAUGAAGCUCCGCCUCUUGGAUCUAGAAAACAUCCACAUUCCAGAGGCCCCGCCCCCAAUUCCCAAAGAGCCUAGCAACUAUGACUUUGUUUACGACUGUAACUAGACCCCCCCCCCCACCCACACACACACACACACACACACACACACACACACACACACACACACACACACACACACACACACACACACACACACACACACACAUUAGAACCUGCACCUUCAGUAUUCACUGGAACAAUCCCUCCUCUCCCUAAACUGGAACAUGGAAUAAAGGGAAUCAUGUCAGAUAGACUGACGUCUUGAAGGGAUCUCUGGGUUUUCCUCCCGCUUCUCGUUAACUGAUCACAUGGUGCGUACUGAUUGUUGCACUUGGGGGACGUUGGCCAGAAGUCGCCAUGAGGACAGGAGUCUAUGUCCAUCCUGCGUCGUCGUCUUCACCCUCCAGCAGCGUCUGAAGUUUAUAAAAUGUUCACUUUUCCCUCCUUUUACUCUUUAACGUUUUUUCUUUUUCACUCCUGACCGCCAGAGGGCGGGACCUAACUCUCGUUUUGUUGUCUUUUGUUUUUCCUCAGGGUUUUUUUUUUGAAGGAAUAUUUUGUGUAGCUCAAGAGCAAACGGGAACAAAGAAGAUUAUUAUUAUUAUUAUUUGUUACAUUUCCACUAACUGUGGCAGCUAAUAGAGGCUGGAGUUCCACUUCUGGACCAAUUCUU